AUGGAGGCCAUCAAAGAGACUUUCAAGCGCUGCAAAGCUCAAAACAGGGCCGCCCUGGUGACGUAUGUCACGGCAGGCUUCCCACGGCCAGAGGAGACGCCCAGCAUCCUGCUGGCAAUGGAGGAGGGAGGGUCUGACUUGAUCGAGCUCGGCGUACCCUUUACCGACCCGAUCGCCGAUGGACCAACCAUUCAAACUUCCAAUACGGUCGCACUGGGCCAUGGCGUUACGAUUGAGUCGACCCUUGGCAUGGUCAAAGAAGCCAGAAACAAAGGACUCAAGGCCCCGGUGCUGCUCAUGGGAUACUACAACCCGCUUCUCAGGUACGGAGAAGAGCGGCUGCUCCGGGACUGCAAGGCCGCCAGCGUCAACGGCUUCAUCGUCGUCGACCUGCCCCCCGAGGAGGCCGUCUCGUUCCGAAAGCUGUGCAACAGGGGAGGACUGUCAUACGUGCCACUCAUCGCGCCAGCCACCUCGGACACGCGCAUGAGGAUCCUAUGCCAGCUGGCCGACUCGUUCAUCUACGUUGUCUCCAGGCAGGGAGUUACCGGCGCCCUAGGAUUUAUCAGUUCCAACCUUCCGGAGCUGGUCGCUCGCGUCAAAAAGUGCAGCGGAAACAAGCCGGUGGCUGUUGGCUUUGGCGUUAGCACGCAAGAGCACUUUCAAAGUAUAGGCGCCAUCGCCGACGGUGUCGUCGUGGGCAGCCAGAUUGUCACCACAAUCCAGAAAGCCGACAACGGGACGACGCGUGAGGUCGGCCUGGUUGAGGCUGUUGCUGGAGCUCAGGAGCCCAGCGGCGAGGACGUAACUGUCAAUGCCGUCGUGACGGAUGAUGAUCGAAUCACGGCAGAGCAAGACAAAGCCCUAGUUGCCCAGCUGGCUGCGCUUCACGGGAAGAUCCCGGAGCGAUUUGGAGAGUUUGGUGGACAGUAUGUUCCCGAGAGUUUAAUGGACUGUCUUUCUCAGCUGGAGGAGGGCUUCAACAAGAUCAAAGACGACCCAGCUUUCUGGGAAGAGUACCGAUCCUACUAUGACUACAUGGGGCGGCCUUCGCGCCUGCAUCUGGCCGAACGACUGACGGAGCAUGCCGGCGCCGCCAAUAUCUGGCUCAAGAGAGAGGACCUCAACCACACGGGGAGCCACAAGAUCAACAACGCCCUUGGGCAGCUACUACUGGCGAAGAGGCUUGGAAAGACAAAAAUCAUUGCCGAAACGGGUGCUGGACAGCACGGCGUGGCCACCGCGACCGUGUGCGCCAGAUUCGGGAUGGAGUGCACCGUUUACAUGGGAGCGGAGGAUGUCCGCCGGCAAGCCCUGAAUGUGUUCCGGAUGCGACUGCUUGGGGCCAAGGUUGUAGCCGUCGAGGCAGGGAGCAAGACGCUGCGCGAUGCCGUGAAUGAGGCUCUACGCGCCUGGGUCGUCGAUCUCGACACGACGCACUACAUUAUUGGCUCCGCCAUCGGCCCUCAUCCCUUUCCGACCAUUGUCCGUACCUUCCAGUCUGUCAUCGGCACGGAGACGAAGGCGCAGAUGAUGGAGAAGCGCGGUAAGCUCCCGGAUGCCGUCGUGGCUUGCGUCGGCGGGGGGAGCAACGCUGUCGGAAUGUUCUAUCCCUUUGCCAACGAUUCCAGCGUCAAGCUUCUUGGCGUCGAGGCGGGUGGCGACGGCAUCAAUACAGCCCGACACAGCGCCACCCUGACGGGCGGCACCAAGGGUGUUCUCCACGGCGUGAGGACCUAUGUGCUGCAGGACAAGCACGGGCAAAUAUCCGAGACGCACUCCGUCUCAGCCGGGCUUGACUAUCCCGGCGUCGGUCCGGAGCUGAGCUCGUGGAAGGACGAACAGAGGGCCAAGUUCAUCGCCGCCACCGACGCUCAAGCCUUUACCGCCUUUAGGCUCAUGAGCCAGCUGGAGGGCAUCAUCCCAGCCCUCGAGUCGGCACACGGCAUCUACGGCGCCAUAGAGCUGGCAAAGACGAUGAAGAAGGGCGAAGAUGUCGUCAUCUGCCUGAGCGGAAGAGGUGACAAGGACGUGCAAAGCGUGGCGGACGAAUUACCCAAGAUUGGGCCGCAGAUUGGCUGGGACCUGAGGUUCUAG